UAAGAUACGAUGCCGCCUGGUUGUUGGCUGCAAGCCAGCCAGCCAGCAGGAGCAGAAGCAGCAGCAGCAGUAGUAGGAUUAACAGAAGGAGCAGGAGUAGGAGCAGCAGCAUCAUCUGAUUAUAUGCAAUCAACGGCAUCAGUGGCCACAUUGGCCUCCAUUUCAUCCAUUGCAUCCACAUCGGCGUCAGCUAUGGCAGCGCUGCGCGCACGUCCCUAUUUGGUUGCCCCAUACGUGGCCACUGCCUCAGCACCGCCCACGCCACAGCCACAUGCUGUUGCUGUCAACCCAAUGUCCAGUGCACGUACAGCGCCCGCAACGCCAACGAGACGACGAGAAGACCGCACAAGUGACCCGGAUGCUAAGAAAUACUAUACACAACAUGAAGAGGUUGAUGAUGUACAGGAAUUGGGACUUGCCGUUGCCUUGGAUGAGCCGCAUUACUGCAAGCCCAAAUCGCAGCGAUUCUUUUGGCGCAAGGCAUUGCGACGGGUUUUCCAACGCCGGAAGUGACGUCAGCUUCGCCGUCGACGGCAAGAUUUGCCCCGUUGGCGUCCACGUCGCUGCCGGCGGCGCACAUUGGCGGAACGCUUACGUCGCAUCUGCGCUUGCUGUGCCUACGGCCAAGUGCUGUUACGUACGGCGCGUGUUGCGCUUCUCAGUUGUAUCCGUUGGCGGACACGUGGCAAUAUACGCAACAACAAUUUUCACUUUAGUAAUCAUUAACUGCAAAACGAUUUGCUCUGCUCUGCUUUGCAUAGGCCCAAACACACACCCACACACACACACACAUAUUCCCAUUUAUACACACACACACAAACACAUCUACAAUGUUAAUCUAAAAAUGUUUAUGCGAGAUCUGAUUUAGUUGUUAAAUCCAAGUUAAUUUAUUUCCUGUGUUUUACACCGAUUAGACAAUUCUCCUAAAUACAAUUUGGAAUUAUAAGCAUUAAAAUGUCUUAACUAGCUUAUGCUCUACACUUGUACGAUUAUUAUUAUUAUUAUUGGCAUUUUUUUUAUUAAUAAUAUUAUUCAAUUUGGUUGCUGUUUUUUUAAACCCACAAACACAAACACCAGUUUUGACUCUGUAAAUAGGGCAAAAAAAAAAAAAAUUGUACGGCUUAUUAAAUUUGUUUUAAACGAUCUCCAAGAGAAAUAUGCUUAUGUUAUCAGCCGAUCAUUCAGUUAAUCAACCAAUCGAUCAAGCGUCAUAUAUAAAUCGAACAGCCAGUUCAUAAUAGAAUUUGUUAUUGUACAUUUAUUAUCAAGUGGCGAGAUACAUGCAGCUUACAUAAACAUAAACAUACUUAGCAACUAGCGUAUAUAGUUAAAUAUCGUAUGACAUACAUAUACAGAUAUAUAUAUAUAUAUCUAUAUGGUACUGUGACCCAAUGGUUUUUAGCAUACGAACAUAAAUAUAUGAAUACAAAUUUGUCGAAAAUGUAUUCUUGAGCUGAACAUAACAAUAAUGAGAGUAGUUAAUUAGUUUAUCCCUUCGUUUUAGUAACAAUAACAACAACAACAACAACCAUAGUAAUUACUAAAACUAAUAUCACGAAUAUUGUGCAAACAGCUAAACGAAAAUGAAAGAAAAUCUAUGAAAUAUUGUCACUUAUUGUUCAAUAUUAAUAAAUAAACAAUAUUAAGAAAUGCAGAGAAAGCAAGCGAUAAAUGCUAUAAAAUUACAAUUGUGGUAGUAAUAUUUGUAUUUAAUUAGUAGCAGAUGCAAAGGCAACACCAACAACCAAGACACACACCACACACACUCGCACACACACCACACACACUCGCACACACACCACACACACUCUUAUCCGUUAAAUGGCACCCAAUCCAGAUGAAAAAGGCCACUUAAGUUAAGGCUAAGUUAAGCGGCAGGUUAACAGUUAUUGUGUGCAGUUAUUGAUGGCAUUAUAAACAAUACAAUACAAAAAACAAGAAUAAUAAAUAUUAUAAUAUAAAAGUACGCUACGCUUACAUACGUCGUUGUUGUGUGUAUGUUUGUGUGCAUUAUUGAACAUUUACUAUGAUAAGUGGCCUUAUUAAUUCGAUUCUCUGCACCUCCUAAACACACUCCUCACACACACAACCAAAUACAAAUGCAAUUUACAACACACCCAAACCUAUAAGAUAAUAUACUUAACUGAAAAAUGCAUUGCAUGUGUCCAAUAAUAAAACAAAAACAAAAGCAUUAGCUAAACGAUUAAACGAUAUCAAGCAUAGACAUUCACGAUUAAUACUUAUAAAGAGAACACUGAAAGCAAAUAAAGUUGAUUGAAAGCAACCACACACACACAAACUCUCAUACUCACACACACACAAACAGACACUUAGAACCCUAUGGAAUUAUGAUGUCACAUUGAGGACAAAGUUCAAUUCUUACCUUAAACUGUAACGAGCACACAAGUUCUCCUCCUGUCUUCGGCUGGCCGAAGUUAACAACAGACAACAAGAAAAUAAAAAAA